AGCUAGAAGCAUCCCUCAGCAGCUUGAAUCGGCUUCCAGCGCCUCCCUCCCUCUCCCUCUCUUCCGAUCCACACCUCUCUCUCUAGCCAGUAGCCACCGCUGCUGUCGUCGGUCGACCGGCGGUGGUCGGUUUGCGGAGUAGCCAUCACCGCUGACCAUGACGAAGCACGGCGUGGUGCUCGGCCCCGAGGACGCCGUCGUCGCGGCGGCGGCGGCGGCGCGGCAUUUCUCGUUCCCGCCGCCGAGGAAGGGGGGCGAAUCGUGCCGGAAGCUGGCGGCGCAGGUCGACCUCGGCGCCGCCGUCAUGGGGUCCUGGCUCGACUCCAUGAAGGCCUCCUCGCCCAGGCACAGGCUCAUGGCGCCCCUGGCCGGCGCCGCCGACGCGGAGCACGACGACUGGAUGGAGCGGCACCCGUCGGCAUUGGACCGGUUCGACGCGCUGGCGGCGGCGGCCAAGGGGAAGCAGGUCGCCGUGUUCCUGGACUACGACGGCACGCUGUCCCCGAUCGUCGAGGACCCCGACCGCGCUGUCAUGACCGACGAGAUGAGGGAGGCGGUGCGCGGCGUGGCGGCGCGCUUCCCGACGGCGAUCGUCAGCGGGCGUUGCUGUGACAAGGUGUUCGGCUUCGUGCGGCUGGCGGAGCUCUACUACGCCGGGAGCCACGGGAUGGACAUCCGAGGGCCCACCGCCGACCCCAACCACCACGGCAAGGAGGCCAAGUCGGUGCUGUGCCAGCCGGCGAGCGAGUUCCUGCCGGUGAUCGAGGAGGUGUACGGCGCGCUGGUGGAGCAGGUGGAGGCAUCGAUCCCUGGCGCCAAGGUGGAGAACAACAAGUUCUGCCUGUCCGUGCACUUCCGCUGCGUGGAGGAGGCCGCCUGGGGCGAGCUGUUCGAGCAGGUCCGCUCCGUGCUCAAGGACUACCCGGGCCUGCGCCUCACGCAGGGCCGCAAGGUGCUCGAGGUCCGCCCCAUGAUCAAGUGGGACAAGGGCAAGGCCCUCGAGUUCCUGCUCGACUCGCUCGGUUACGCGGAGCGCAGCGACGUGUUCCCGAUCUACAUCGGCGACGACCGAACCGACGAGGACGCGUUCAAGGUGCUGCGCAGCCGGGGGCAGGGCGCUGGGAUCCUCGUGUCCAAGUUCCCCAAGGAGACCAGCGCGUCCUUCUCCCUCCGCGAGCCGGCCGAGGUCAGGGACUUCCUGCGCAGGCUCGUCGACGCCAACACCUGAUCGAUUCAGGCGGGGACGGAGAUCGACAUGACCAGCAGCUCCCUAUCUAACUCGGCUACCACCUCCCUCCCUCCAGAGCGGAAAGAACGGCAGAGGAAGAGGAGUUCCUUUCUUGUUGCACUGUAUCUCAGCUUAGGAUCGAGAAGAGCAACGUUCAUAGAACCUGCUAGCAUUUCCCAUGUCCGGUCCCUUCUUUUUUUUCCUUCAAUUUUUUUGUUCCUGUUGCUGCUGUUUCAGUACCAUCACCAUUAGGCCUCGGCUGGGAAGGCUUCUAUUUUCGCGCGCUUCUCGCGAGGCACUGUAACUAGUCCCUAGCACCUCGCUUUGUUUGUACCAUGGAGAACUGAGAGGAAUCAAUGGAAUCCACUUUCAGAAUUCA